AUGAGAAUCGAGCGCGGAUCGCCCCUCUCGAGGUCGGCAGUGCUGGUCGCAGCGUGGGCUGCGUGCCUCGUGGCCGCCCUCGCGCUCCACUCGCCUUUCUCUCAGGUGCCCUUGCUCCCGUUCCUCCCUUACCCUCCUGCCUCUCUUGCUGCUCCCGCGCGUGCCGUCAAUUGCCUUGCCUCCUCCCGGCGCUCUUUCUCGCAUCCACGUCGCCCCCCCACCACACACCCCUCUCCCCCUCCCUCCCACCACCCAUAUCCGCAGCAGCCACGGGAGGCCCUUCCGCCCCCAUGGGCGCCGGACGCGGCGGGGGGGAGCGCGGAUGGGGAAGCACACUGGCGGAGGAGAGCAGCGGGCGCGCAAGAAGGGGUGUGGGGGAGGGGCGACGGGGGAAGAAUUGGGGAAGAGGCGGCGAGUGGCGAGGGUGGAGCGGGGGGAGUGAGGGGCGGAGGGAUGAGGAGAGGAGAGGCAGAGGCGGGGGGCGAGCUCCCAGCAGGCAGACGGCUGCUGGCGGCGGCGGUAGUGGGCGAGGGAGGUGAGGCGGGUGAUGGGGCAUUGGGGCAGGCGGAGGGCAAGGGGGAACUGGGUCAGGCGGAGGGCAAGGGGGAACUGGGUCAGGCGGAGGGCAAGGGGGAACUGGGUCAGGCGGAGGGCAAGGGGGAUGAGGGGGGAAACGAGGUGGAGGGGCAGGGUGAGGCAGAGAGAGCGGUGGGGGAGGAGGGGGAUGGGCUGCGUGAUGAUGGCAAUGCAGGUGGUUCAGAGGGGUCAGCUUUGGAGGAAGAGGGCGGGGCAGAGGAGACGGAGGAGGGGGAGGGAGAGGAGGAGACGGAUGGGGGAGAGGGUACGGAGGGCAAUGAGGCAGGUGGUGCGUGGGAGGAGGGGGAGAGUGAUGCAGGGCCGGAGGGCAGCACAGCGGGGGGUGGGUGGAGGGAGGCGAGGGAGAGUGUGGAGGUAGCAGCAGCGUUGGGGGAAGCAGGUGAUGCAGGCAGCGAUGAAGACGUGCUGUUCGACAUCCCUCCUGCUGCUGCUGUCCCUGAUGAUGGUGCGGCGCAGCAGGCGCUGCCCCUUCCCUCCCUGCAGGUGGCAUCCAAGCCGGCCCACCUGUGGCGGGUGGCGGUGUGUCUGGUGGGCGGCGUGCGCGACUUUGAGCUCACGGGCCCGUCCAUAGUGCAGCGCCUGCUGCUGCCGCUGCUGCCGCACCGCCCCGUGCUCUUCCUGCACGCGCCCCUCGACCACGCCUCCUUCAAGCUCUGGCCGCUACUCUGGGCCGCGCGGCGCGGCAUAACUGUGGGGGCAGUGCGCGUGUUCCCCAGCACGUGGGUGAAUGAGAGCGCCCUGCCGCCCGGCCUCGUGGAGGACCCCUCCUCACCGCAUGGCACACAGGUGGGCGGGGAGCAGAGUGCACUAACCGGCAUGCUGCAGUACUUCCGUCUGGUGGAGGGGUGCAUCCCCCUCAUCCGCGCCUACGAGCGCCGCCACGCCAUCACCUUCGACUGGCUGCUGCGCACGCGAGUCGACACCUUCUGGCACCGCCCCCUGCCACCCCUCUCUGCCUUCACCCCGCACGCCUACACCAUCCGCUUCGGCUCCGAUUGCUUCGGCUUGAACGACCGCUUUGGCCUCGGCACGUGGCACACCGCCCUGCCCGCACUCUCCCGCCUCUCCAUGCUGCCCGCCAUCGCUGCGGGCGGCGCGUUUCGGCAGUUUUCCAUGCAGGGCGUGGGCGGGCUGGGGCAGGAGGCGAGCAACUCGCAUGCCAUCCCCGUGGAGGUACCAACAGGGCUGAACUCAGAGCAGGCGUUCAAGACGCAGCUGGCGCUGGCAGGGGUGGCAGUGGCGCGCGCGGACCUGGCGUUCUGUGUGGUGAGCCGGCGCGUGUACCGCCACCACUCCAUGCCCGUGCUCUCCCUCAACACGUCCACGCCCCUCAACGGCGCCAAGUGCCGCCCCUGCUACCCCAAGAUCAAAGGGGCUGAGGCCAAUCUCCGCAUCCGGCGGUGGUACCUGGAGGGCUCGCGCUUUGGACCGCACCGCUCGCCAUCAUUCGCCAACCGCACCGACUUUGCGCUGUGCGAUGCCGCCAAGCCGUGGCCCGCCCCCCACGUGGCGGCCGCCCUGUUUGACGCCGCUGCCGGGCCGCGCCUGGCUAGGGAGCGACGGUCCAUCAUGCACGGCACCCUUCAGGGCUGCGCACGGAACUUCAGGAAGCUGCGGCGGCAUGCGGAGGAGUGGCAGGCGCCAGCAGAGGCGGUGCUGUGCUUCCGGUCGCAGCUGGGGGAGCUGCUCCUGCUGGGGCCGCCUGGCCAGUGCUUCUACACGGCGCUGCACGGGGUCAACCGCACCAGCCUGGUCAUGACAACCACUCCAAGAGCCGCGCAUGCAAAGGGCUCGUGGGAGUGGAGCAUGCGGCGCCACUCACCUGGCCUGCAGGUCACCGCACUCCCUGCUGGCUCUACACAUGCCUCCUCCACCGCCCACACACUCAAGCUCUCACUCACAGGCGCGGACCUGCCGCUCAUCUUCAACUGGCAGAAGCAAAACGCCUCACUGCCCACCUGCCAGCUGCUGCUGGCCUUCCCAGAUUCAGUGCCGCCACUGGACCGCAAUGCCACCAUCACCGCCCUGCACCAGCUGGGCUUCCACCUCAUGGCGUGCAUUCAAGAACCGCGUACCUCUCUCCUCAUCCACUUCCACUUCUCGCCCAACGGAGCAGCCAGUGGCUCUCUUCCCCUGGCUCCACCCACCUUCGCUACAGCCAUCGCCGCUGCUGCUGCCAGAUCUACCCACGGCGUUGCUGUGGCUGCCUAUCCAGUAGGUGGCGGGCACCUCCACAAGGAAGCUGCUGCCGCCCAGCAGCGCCGCCAGUGCGCCCAGCAGCAGCGACGGCACGUGGAACGUCGCCAGCAGCGCGAGCACCACGCGCAGCACCACUGCCACCUGCCUGCCACACCUGGUGGGGCGGGAGUAGGGUGGGGCAGACGGACGAGGCAGACACAGGUUGAUUGGGGCAGGACUGGAACGAAAGGGGGAAAGGGGGUUGAGGGGGGGAUGCCUGAGGGCGAGGGAGGCGCGGCGUGGAUGGGGAAGGCAGAUGUGGAAGCAGAUCUACUCGCCCUCUCAACCCCACAUGACCACUCCGCAACACUGCUGCUGCUGCCAGCACAGCUGCUACAGUCACAGGAGCUGCUGGGUUCAGCGCGCGUGCAAGAGGGCGGCAGCAGAGAGGAGUCCUCCUCUUCCGCGUGGCCUUCCAGGGAGCCCUCUUUCCCGCACUGGCCCGUGCACCCCGCCGCUUCCACAGGGGCGUGGGCGGCACGAGGGGGGGCAGAGGAGGAGGAGGAGGAGCGGCGCAGAGCAGCGAGGCGGAUGAACCAGCCGGUGAUGAGAGCUGCUGCUCCCAGCGCCAGCAGCACCACGAUGCUCCACCCACUGCUCCCGGUGCCCUCUCGUGCUGGCUCACCUGCUGGCUCACCUAAGCCCACGCAUUACCUGGUGGCACGGUCGUCGGCCACAAGGGAGGUCGUAUUACCUACUGGCUCACCUGCUGACCCACCUGCUGACCCACCUGCUGACCCACCUGCUGACCCACCUGCUGACCCACCUGCUGACCCACCUGCUGACCCACCUGCUGACCCACCUGCUGACCCACCUGCUGACCCACCUGCUGACCCACCUGCUGACCCACCUGCUGACCCACCUGCUAACCCACCUGCUGACCCACCUGCUGACCCAUCUGCUGGCCCACCUGCUGGCCCACCUGCUGGCCCACCUGACCUGGAUUGGCCCUGGCGCAUACCUGGUGGCAUGUCCGACGGCCACGAGGGAGGUCGCAUUACCUGGUGGGACACCUGGUGGGCUGGCCGUCCAAGCCCUGUGAGCUCACCUGGCGGCUCACCUGGCGGCUCACCUGGUGGCUCACCUGGUGGCGCGGUCGACAGCCAUGACAGAGGUGGAGAAGGAGGCGAGGACGAAGAAGAGGAAGCGCGGCCAGAUGGGCACUUGUGCCGCGUGCAGGAAGGCCAGCAGCACGGCGAGGAAGGACGAGUAGAAGUCGGCGAACUGCAGCGUGGGGUAGCGUGCGGCACACCAGCCGUCCGUGUCGCACAGGUGGUAGAGGGCGCUGCAGAGCCCGUUGAGCGAGAACAUCACCCACUCGGGGUAUGCCUGGUUGAGAGUCCGUCAGUGCAUGGGUAUAGUGAGACCAUGGCUGGCAGCACUGCCACCACGUUGCUCCCCACCAGCGCCCAGCGCUGCUGCUCUAUGCCUGCCAGCCACACGGGCGGUGGGGCACGGGCGACGGUUCGUGGGCGGAUGGAAGAGGCCGAGAGAAAACAAGGGAGAUGA